CGCCGCGCGACUCCGUGUUUUGAAGCUUUCGAAGCACGUUUGAACCGUUUUUCCGUUAGCAACGGCGCGUUGCGGCGUUGAUGGCAGGCAGCGUUCUGUGAAAGAGCUGAGCACUUGGAACUUCGCGCUUGACAUUUACCUAUGCCGGCGUGACUGACCUGCGUUGGCCAUGAGUUGGGCGGACGCCUGGAAGGAUGGGCUUCCUCCAGCUGCGCUUCGCAAGAUCGAGGCCUUCGAGCAGCAGUCGGACAGGCUGCAAAAGGACUGCCAGCAGAAGCAGAUGAAAAUAGACUAUCUUCAACAGCAGCUGGACAAGGAGAAACGCAAGAAUGACGAGGCAAAAGGGGACACCAUGCGGGACAUGCGAGGCCUGGAAACCGAGCUGGCCGACCUCAGGAACAAGUUGGCCAAAGUGCAGCAGGAACUCGCAACCAAGGACAAGCAGUUACGGCACCUCGAGAACCAAUCCAAGUCGACAAGCAACCAGUCACAGUCGGAGAGCUCCAUCCUCUCCACCCCGAUUGGACGCAGCAGGCUUCAGAGAUUUGGGUAUGGCGACACCCCAGCCACACCUGACAACCGGGAGCUCCGAAACAAGAUUGCUGAACUUGAAGCCAAGCUUAGAGAGAAGCAAGAACUCAGCCAGCCAGCUUCUAUGCCAAGCACCCCAUUGAGGGCACAGUCACUGGACCGCAACAACCAUGAGGCGGACCGGCUGAGAAAUGAGAACAUACAGCUUCGUGGCCAGGUUCAAGAACUCGAGCAGCGUAGCCGGCAGAUCACCCAGCAAAUGGAAUGCCAGGUGCAUAACAGUGAAGCUGCCCGGAAGACCCUGGAGCAGCGGAGCCGUGAAAAGGAGGCUUCGCUCAAGGAAGAACUGCGACUCCUGGGGCAAGAGAAUGGCAAACUGCUCAAGGAGCUCAAUGACACCCAGAUGCGUCUUCAGCAGGAGCUUACAGCAGCGACCAAAUCCCUCGACGCUACCAAGGCUCAGCUUGAGCGCAGUGAAGCCAAGCUCUCCACCCAAGAGGGCCUCGUAGCGGAUUUGCGGAAACAGGUGUCCAGGCUGGAGCAGCAAGAACGGCAGUCGUCGACCCAGUUGGCCGACCUGAACCGAGCUCUCAAAAAUCAGGAGCAGGCUGCCAAGGCUGCCGAAGCGAAGAAUGCAAACCUGGAAGUUAAAGUUCGUGACCUGGAAACUGCCAUCGACAGUGCGAAUCGAGAAGCUCGUCGGCUAGAGGGGCAGCUGCACAAAUCCGCACAAGAUUUGGAGCGGCAGUCGCAGGACUUGGUGCAGUUACAAGGCCAGUUGGCGAAUACCAAGAGCCAACUCCUCGCCAUGGAGCACCAAAAACAAAGCCUGGAAAAAGACCUUUCUAAGUGCCGUUCGGAGCUGCAGCGCGAAUCGGCUCGAUGCCAGAACCUCGAGGCUCAGCUGCAAGAGGCGAAGCAAAAAAUGGAAGAGCUUCGGCAGGCCGUCCACCAGAGUGACGGCAAUACGGAGCGGCUGCGGGCGGAACUUGACAGGUCGCAGAGGGCCGCUGCGGACGGUGGCGCGACAAUUCAAAAGCUGGAGUCGAAGCUGGAGGACUGUGAACGACGUGAAAGGGAAGCGUCUCAGAAAGCGUCGACUCUGGAACGAGAAGUUCAAGACCUGCGCAAGUUUGCCGAAGAGAGCCGCACCCUCGCCAGGGCACUCCACGAAAAAGAACAGGAGGUGUCCACCCUUACCAAAUCAAAGCAGGCCCUCGAUGACGCUAUAAAGCAGCUUUCAAACGAAGUGAAGCAACUGUCGUCGACGAUAGAAGGCGAAAAAGCGCGGGCUGCAGGCCUCGAAAAGGAAAUUGCGGACAACAGGGACCUCGUUGCCAGUGCGGAGAAACUGCGAAAAGACCUUGAGGAUGCUACACACCUCAGUGGUGAGGUCAAGGCUGCUUUGGAAGAUACUGAAAAACAGAAAGAGGCUCUUCGAGUAGAAUUAGAGCGACAGACGGCAGAAUGUGAAAAGAUACCCCGUCUCGAGAGUGCUCUUGAAGAAUCCAGGGUGCAGCUUUCCAAGAGUGAAGCAAACAUGCGAGAGCUGGAGAGCUUGCUCUCUGAAAGGGAAAGCGAGAAGAUCACUCUGCUUAAGAACCUCUCCGAGAAGGAAGCAGCCUUAAAAGAUUUUGAAAGCCAGGCUGAAACGCUGCAAAAGAAUGCCCAGCAAGUGGAAGACGAGCUCGGGUCAGUCAGGGACCGUCUGCUCAAAAGCGACAAAGCGUUGAUGGAACAGGAGUCGGCCCUCAAGGAGAGGGAGGUUCUCCUCGAGGGAAUGAAGAAGGAGCUCAACGACACUGUGCAGAAGGUGCAGAACCUUGAGCAAGCAGAAGCCGAUCAUCGACGACUUGCGGAAGAGAAAGAAGCAGAGAUCACAGCGCUGAAACAAGACAUCUCCGCAGAGAAAGAGUUCUACAAGCUGUUGGAGCAACAAAGCAUGAGCCUCAGUGAAAUUGAAUCGUCCAAGAACGCGCUGGAGUCAGAACUUGCAGCGGCAGCCGAGAAGUAUGCUGCGCUGCAGCAGGAGUACCAGCAGUGCCUUCAGCUCAUUGAGUCUAAAGAAGGUGAAGUUCUUUCUCUAACUGCAUCUGUCAAGGAGAGAGAAGUCAUUGUGGAAGAACUAAAGAAGCAUAUCGCAAAUGCAGAAGAGAAUGAGAAGGCUUUGCUUGCAAAGACAGGUCAAGAGAUGCGAGCCCUUGAGGAGCAGCUUUCGCUGGCAACAAAAGAGAUAAGAAACCUGAAGACUGAGCUGUCCCAGCAGAUUGAACAGCACAGCGCCGCUGUCGACAGGCUCGAGGCGAUGAACGCCAAGGUUGCCGAAAAGGAUGCGCAGUGCCUGGCAUUGCUCGACGAGAAGAAAGUGUUGGUAUUUGCACAGGUGGGCCUGGAAGACGAGCUCGCUUCGAGCAAGAGGAAGAUCGAGGACCUGCAAAAGGAGAACGCCGUACUUGACAGCCAGCUCGCGGUUAGUACUGCCGAAGUCAACGUCCUGCAGGAGAAGGUCGACAAGCUGCUCACGCACGAAGUGGCCCGUAUUCAGGGAGAGCUCUGUCAGAAGAUCUCCACGAUUGAGGAGCUCAAGAAGAAAAUCGCGGACCUUUGUGAGAAAGAGCAGGAGCUGGGCACCUUGCGGGAGCAGCUGGUGGCGGCCUCGAGGCAGUGCUCGGAGUUUGAGCAGCAGUGCGAAGCCCUGAGGAACAAGUGCGAGGAGGCGACAUUGAGGGAGCAGGAGCUUCUCGUUCGUCUGAACGUCUUGUCGUGCCAGCGAGAUGAAGAAACUGCCGAGCGACAGGCGUUGGAGCAUGAUCUCGUGGACAGGAAUGCAGAACGAGAUGAAGGACUGCUACAGUUGGCUUCGACGCAAGGCUGCCUGGAGCAAGCUCUUGUGGUUGCGACUGAAAAGGACGCUCGCAUCCGCGAGCUCGAAGACCUCACAGCCAGCACACAGGCAGCGCUGGACGCACUGAAAGAGGAAACAGCUUCGCUCUCUCACUCUCUCGACACUGCAGGCAACAAACUGCAAGAAGCUCAGCAGAAGGAGAUGCAACUCGUAAAGCAGCUGGAAGAAAAGGAAGCUGCCAUCACUAUGUUGACUGAGGAACAGUCUUGCAUGAAAGAGGUGAAGGCCGAGGCUCUGGCAUUGAAGGAAAGACUGGCCGCCCUUGAGAGCCUUCAGGAAGAUGUGGAAGAGCUGAGGCAGCAGCUUGUCGAGCGUAAUGCGGAGAGGGACGAGUUGCAUGUGACGGUGAUGCAACUGCAGAAUGAUGUUGAGGCCAGAGAACAGGAAAUUAACGCGGCCCAGCUGCGGCAGCUGCAACUUGAAAGUCAGCUGGAAGAGAAGGAAGGUGUCAUGGCUGCCUUGGCUAAGGAACAGUCUCGCUUUAAAGACGCGGAAGCCGAGGCUGUGGCUAUGAGGGAGAGACUGGCCACCUUCGAGAGCCUUCAGGCAGACGCAGAAGAGCUGAGGCACAAGCUCGUUGAGCGAAAUGGGGAGAGAGACAAGUUGCACGUGAUGAUGAUGCAACUGCAGAAUGACUCUGCGGCUAGAGAACAUGAACUCGACUUGGCCCGACAGCAGCAGCUGCAACUUGAAAGCCAGCUGGAAGAGAAGGAACGUGUUAUCGUGGCCUUGGUUGCCAAAAAGUCCUUAAAGGAUACAGAAUCUGUGGAGAGAAUGGCUGGCCUUGAAAGCCUCCAGGAGGACGCGGAGGAGCUCAGGCGCCAGCUCGUUGAGCGAAACGGUGAGAGGGAUGAGCUGUGUGUGACGAUGAUGCAGCUGCGGAAUGACGCAGCGGCUCGGGAACAGGAACUUGGCUUGGCACUCGUGGAGGCCUUGGAAAGAGAGGCAACGCGACCGUUGAGGCUGCUCGAAUACAUCAGAGACUGCAACGCUAUGCAGGACCACAGCGUUUUGUUGCCGGAAGUUGUCGCCACACUUUUCGAGAUGUACCGCGUUGCUGUCGGAUUCCUUGAGGACCUGAGCAGCGCGUUGGAAGCUCGUCACGGGCACCUGCAGGAACGACGUCAACGGCUCAUUGAGGCACAAGAACAGCCUCCUGAGGAUGGGGUGGCAAGCGUGGAGUCGUCGCUGCAGCAGGUGUUGGCUCAGCGGCAAGCGGUGAUGGAACGGAUUGAUAGGUUGAAGAACAUUGCCAGUGGAGUUGCACCUUGGGCAGAGUUGCCAUUGUACGUGCAGGGGCCAGGGGCCUUUCCUGAUUGCAGUGUGCAGGACAGCACUCUUAUGGCUAAUGCACCAUGUGACAUCAUGGAGUCCUCGGAUGAAUCGACUAGUAUUCACCGUGCAAGUUCUUCACAUUGUCAGACUGAAGCAGCCUUGGGUGAAACUGAUAUGACCAACUUGUCCACAUGCGAGCUUACCCUGUCCUCGACCGACAGUAGUGAGGAUGAGCUGACUGAGAAGAUGGCCCAUGUGUGUAGCCUGCUAGCAGCACUGCGUCAGUCAUUGCAGGGCCUUCUGAAUCAGACAGCAGCACCUCCUCAGACGCUGACUACGGUACCACGUCUAUCACAGUAUGCCCGACGCGUCGAAGAAGAAUACGUUGCGCUGCAGGAAUCUGUGGACCUCCUCAAGAGAAGGCUGCCUCGCUUCGAAGCGCAGGAACCUCCGUGUGCUAUCAACGUGGUGUCCGAGCUGCGUGUGCAGAUUGAUGGAACUGUUGAGGCUGCUGCAUCAGUUUUCUUCUCGCCUGCUGGGGGCCAUGACAGCAGCACAGAUGAAGAAUGUUAUGCUUCCUUUGAAGAAGAACAGAGCUCUCCUAACAAGCAAGGAGGUCUGCAAGAGCCUUCGUCUCGGCAAGAACCCAAGAUGGACAAGAGUGAGGCAUUGAAGGCAAAGUUAGUGGCGUUAGCAGUCAAGCUAGACGUCUUCUUGACGGCACUUGCAGGAUUUGAUAGCAAGGAAGCUGCAGAUGAAACCAAUCUCGAGAUGCAAGGCGAGGAAUGUGCGAAGCUUCUCGACUACCUUGAGAUGUGGGCCAUGCGCUUUAACGAAUUUCUUGGACAAGUGAAAGAAACCUCAGCUGAAGUUAUGCAGAUUCUGCAUGGUGACGCAGUUGAUGUUGAGGAUGUAAGUGGAGAUAAGCCCUUCGUAGCGACAAAAGUUGCCUUGCUUCGGCAGUUUGUGCAGUCCGCUCUUCAGCAAAAGGAGGACCUCGAAAAAGGCACAAGUGCUCUCCAGCAAAGCCUUCUGGACGAGCAGGCUACAGUGAAGGCAUUGAGGCAAGAGCUGGAGGAACAGGAAGAGAAAUUUGCUGAACUGCAACUCGAAUUGCUCUCCGUGAAGCAGCAGGCAGACGGGACUGCUGCAGCUGAGACAGAAAGCUUAUUGAAGAAGAUUGAGGAGUAUCAGCUGACUGUCAAGCAGCUAAGCAGUGCACUGGAAGAGGUUGAAGACACACUUCAGGCCACGUAUGCUGAGAAGCAGAAGUACGAAGAAAGUGCCACAGAACUUCAGGUUCAAUGCACCAGAGCAGAAGCGGAAAACCAGAGAGUUCAGUUUGAGCUCUCGCAAGCAAAGGAUGCCGUUGAAAAGGCACAGGCUCAAAAUGACAAACUCCUCACUGAUCUUGCAGAUGCCAAAGCAUCCUUAGAAGCAAGUCUGAGCCUGGCUGAGCGAGUUGACGAGCUGGAUAAAGAGCUAUCCGAAACAAGGCGGAAGAAAAAGGAAACAGAAGAGAGGCUAGAGGAUGAAAGCCGUCAGCUUGCUGCCUUGAGGUUGAGUGUUGAUGAGCUUUUAGCAUCUAACAGAGUGCUUGAAGAGUCUUCCAUCACUCUAAAGGAAGAGCUGCAAAGUGUCAGAGCAGUGCAGGAGAAUCAAGUGGCCGAGAUUCGCAGCAUUUGCAUGGCUAUGGACGUCGCCUUCACUGAAAUCUCUGCAGUUGGAGACACGGGGGUGGACUUGAGUUUGCUGAGAGAUGCCCUAAGCCGAAGGCAGCGAGAAUUCAGCAGCCAGCUUCAGCAACUGGCAGACGAAAAGUGCGCUGCGCUGUUGGAAGUGUCCGAGCUUCGCGAGCAGUGCUCCCAGGCACAUGCGGAGCGUGAGAGGCUUGAAGAAGAGAAGCGGGCAGUGCUGCGGCAGGCUGAGGAGCAGGAGCUGGAGCUGCUCAAUUCCGAUUCCUUGCUGGAAGAGAACCGAGUCCUCCAGGCCGACAUGGACAAACUCGUGUCAAAACUGGAGGAACUGGAGGAGUUGAGGAUGCGUGUUGCUUCUCUGGAGGAAGAGAAAAGCGCUCGGGACGAGCACAUCGCAUCACUCCUGGUGUUCCAGACUUCUGCAAGGCAGGUGCAACUGCAGCUGACUGACAAGGAGCAGCUGAUAGUUGCCCUUGAAGAGGAGCUGCAGCUUCUCAGACCCAAAGAACGUGAAAUUGAAGAGCUUCGGCAGCUUGUUUCUGCACUGGAAGGUAAGCUUAGUGACCUGAAAUCACAGUAUGAGGCUGCCCAGAAGGACCUUGAAGGGCUUUCCCACUUACGAGUGAAACUGCAGUCUGUUGAGACUUCGGAGGCCGAGCUGAAGGGGCAGGUUGAGGCACUGAAGGAUCGCAACGAAUGCCAGGCGCAAGAGCUGAAGCAGCUGAUGCAUGAACUGGAAUGUCAGCAGGCCUCGGCCGAAGUGUCUAGUGGUGCUCUGCAGGUGAUGAGAGAUCAGCUUGCACUGGAGAAAGAGAAGACUGCUGUUCUUACGGCAGACGUCGCUCGGCAGGUUGCAGAAAACACAAAGCUUGAGCAGGCUCUUGAGUCUGCUCAGGAAGGGGUCAGGAGACAAGCUGCCGCGCAACUUGCUCUCGAAAAUAAUAUUCAGCUCUUGGAAGAAGAAAAAAUGUCAAUAGCAGAGCUGCUAAGAUCAGCAGAAGAAGAAAACAUGUCACUCAAGUCUCUUCUGGAUGAAAGAAAUGCCAUUAAUGAGCGCCUUCAUCAGCAGUACAAGACUGAACACGAGCGGUACGAGCAGACGAAAUUCAAUUUAGAGCAGAUUCUUAAGGAGAAGCAGCAGUACCUGCAUCAACUGAAUUUGUCCCGUGAUGAAAUCAAGGAUAUGUUGGCUUCAAAGGCAGCUCUAGAAGAGGAAGUUUCCACACUGUUGCAGAAGGUGGACAUGGCGACAGAAGGUCGCACCCAGGCAGAUCAUGAAGCUCAGCGUAUUAGAACCUUGUUGGACGAGAAGACAUCAGAAUCCGAACAGCUUCAGCGUGAACUUCAUGCAAUAAGCAGCCAGCUUGAGCAGUCAAAAAUUGAGCUGACACAUUUGGCUACUGAACAGGAGGCACAUUUGUGCCAGCUGAAAGUCGCUCAAGGUGAAAUUGCUGUGCUGUUGGCUUCAAAACUGGAUCUUGAAAACGAAGUGUCUGAGCUGUUACAGAAGUUGGAUGCCACCAAGAAGGACUACUCUAGAGCAGAAGACAAAGUGCAGUCCAUGAAGCAGACGCUGAAGAAGAAUGCUUUGGAUAUGGAAAAAAUGCAAGCGGACUUCGACGAACUUAGAGACGAACUUGAGCAGUCCAAGUCCCAGUUUGCACAAUUGGUCGCAGAACACAGAGAGAGUGAAAGUCAGCUGAGGAUGGCUCAAGAUGAGGUCGUUAACCUCUCAGCUUCCAAGUCUGCAUUGGAGGCUGAGACACACACGCUGUUGCAAGAGUUACACAUUGCAAAAGAAAACUGUGCUCGAGCGGAAGGUGAAGUGCAGGCUUUGCAACUUUCGCUAGACAAAAAAACGUCGGAAAUGGAGUAUGCUCAAAAUGAUUUUGUCAUGGUCAGUCAGCAGCUUCAAGAGUCUCAAUCUCUUGCAGCCGAGUACUUAGAUAAGCAGAAGCAGCUGGAAGACCGUCUGAAGAGUGCCCAGCAGGAAGCUGCAGGGGUUGCAAAUGUCAAGUCAUCUCUCGAACAGCAGGUGAAGCAGCUGACGACCGAGGUAGAACUGACACAGCGGAAGUGCCAACAGGCUGAAGAUGAAGCAAGCAGCCUCAAGCAGUUGCUGGAAGAGAGAGACUCUGAUAUCCAGUGCAUCCGCAGUGACCUCGAGGAUGUCCGCAGUCAGCUUGAUAAGGCAUCACACGCUAAAUCGUUACUUCAAGAUGAAAUGAAGAUUGCCAGUGAAAAGCUUCAGGAAAGCGUGAAAAAACACGAAGAACUUCUUGAGGCUCACAAACAGUCCAAAUCUGAGCUUCAAGUCGCCCAAGAGAGGCGGGAUGAGCUAGAGGCAUUGGUUGAUUCGUUGACAUCUCGGCUGUCAACAUCGGAGACAAGGUACGAAGAGCUUGAGUGCAAAAUACGCACCGCAAAGGCAACCAUAAGGCGCCAGGAGAAAGAGCGCAGAGGACUGGACGUCGAGGCUGAGCAACUUCGUGGCAGACUGGCACAAGCCGAAAUGGAGCUGCAACAAUCUGGGGGCGCACGCAUUCAGGAGCUGGAAAUGGCACUUGAAGAUGUGCGCAAGGAGCUGUCUGAGAAGCAAGAGAGUGUUGUUGAAGCUUGGAGCAAAUUUGAUUCCGUCAACACCGAGCUGGCUCGAAGCAAAGAAACGGUUGCCUGGCUGCGCACCCAUAUGCGUACCUACAAGAAACGCAUUUCUGAGCUGGAGAAGAAGCCCGGUGCCCGUGCAAACGAUGAAGAUAAAGAGCAGGGCGCAGGGGCUACUCCGGCCACGCCUGCCGAGUCCGUUCCCACAGUGAUGCAGCAGCCGCCUGUCGUCACGCAGCUGAGUGUGUGUGCCGAGAGCCCAUCCAAGGCGGAAUUCCGCAUGACUGUUUCGGCGCUCAGGAGCCCCAUGUCUGCGACUGGAACUCCGGCCGCAAAGCUCUUUAAGAGAACAUUGUCCAAGCCGGUCUCAACUACCAAGUCCGCCACAGACGGUCUCCCGUCGGCUACUUCGAAAACGACGACGAUGAAGCGGUCGCUCUUUUCUCAACCACGUACCCAUUCCCCUUCUGCCAAGCCACGGGAAGCGGCAGUCAAAGAGGAGCCCUCAGCAACUUCCGUGUCGGGAGUUAUGACAAGGAACCGCCGUGCUACGACUGCAUCCCAGACUGGCUUGGGACGGGAGUCAGCACUUCACUCCAAGAUUGCAACACCGAAACAGCGCACUGUGCCCAAUUCAUCCUCAGCACAGGCAUCUCUCAUGGACAAAGAGAACAUCAGUGAUGCCUCCAGGGAUGAUGCGGCUGCAAAGCGUAAGGCACAAGAGUCUCCCCAAAUCCGUCCAAACACGAGGACCCGGAAGCAGUUGGCCCUUGGACUGUCUCCUUUUGGCAGGGACUCGUCAAACAUACGACCCAGGACAGAAUCGACAACAUCUUCUCGUGGGCGUUCGCAGAGGGUUCAGCAGCUGAAGCAGCAGGCGACGGUUGAAAAGACUGCGCCAGCCCGAAGUGCCUCUCCUCCUGCUUCAGCUGCAGCAACAGCUCCAUUACCAAAGACUUCUGCUCCACCUCGUCGUACUGCGGCGAAGCCUGCAGCCGGCGUGAUGACCCGGUCACAGCGAGCCAGUGCCGGCACUUCCAAGUCUACAACAGCACCGGAGAGCAAAGAGGAGGAACAGGCCGACUGCAAAAUGCAGUAGUCCUGCCUUUGUCAUUUCAUAGCAUAAUUUCCAUUCCUCUUCCGUGUGCUUAUCAGCCUAUCGUGAGCCUGUGUCUGUCAGGUUAGCUUGGCGAGCGCUGGCCUUACGCUCUUUAUUGCUGCUCGUUUCGUGUGCUUUAAUUAUUCUCCAUCCUUGGGCAUCCUCCUUUUGCAGCCAGCAUAGCGCAACAAGCAGUCCCAAACAGUUGAGUGAUGAAGAAGCAGACAAAAUUGGCGCUUUCCUAUCACAGCUCCUUUGCGUUGAUUCAACAUAUACUAGGAAUCGGGACUUUCUUACUUGGUAUUGGGACUUCCUCACUUAGCACUCUAACCCUGUAAUGUAUUAGCAGAAGGAUGCGAACGAGACAGACAAAGUGUUGUUUGAUGUAAUGGUGCAUACGAUUGCCUGAAUUUUUAGCAUCUAUUCUGUCUUCAGCCACUUCCUUCAGAAAAAGAGUGUGGCUGCAAACUCAAGGAGAGUAGGGAUGUGGUUACUGUGCGGGUUGUUUUUAAUGAACUCGCACUGCUGCUGCCAUCGUGAAGAAGCUGGUUCAUUAAGUAUCAUCACUUGUGUACAGAGAAUUGUAUUGGGCAUAAGGGCGACUGUAAUACAGGCACCUGUAUGUAUGUAUGGUAUGCGCAUAUCUUCGGUUUUAUAUUAUUUGUAAGUUUCUAUCUUUGUGUAUUUCAUAAAAAAGAUCACCAAUUUAAGCAUCAUUUGACCACACAGAUAUUGCAUUCUAAGUUAUAUAACCUUAUGAAUUUUUAUCUAUUAUCUGUUCUGCUGUUUGUAGUCUUUCUUGAUUCAUUAAGGAUUGCUUGCAUUCACAGUCAUGAUGUACUUCAUAAUUUCAUUGAUAUUUAAAGUUUUCCAGGUUUGAAGUUUCUCCAGAAACUCGGACCAGUCUUUUCUUUCUUUUGUGCCAAGAUAGCAUGCACCACAAUCUUGUACAGUAGAUUUGCUGGUGCUGAUUCAGUGUUCAUAUCCAUUUCCAUAUUUAUUCAUUGGCUAUUCUUUUUCUUAUUGUUUUUAUUUGGGCCUGUUUAUUUUGCAAAUAAACAGCUAUACUUUCUGUAAAA